GCGCCCGAGCGGCGGCCGCCCGUCAGUCGGCUCCCGCCAGUCGGCUCCCGCGCCGGGACUCGGCCGCCGCAGCGCCGCUGCUCGCGCUUCCCGCCGCCCGGCCGUCUCGGACUCGCGGCCCCGCCCGGCCCGGCGGACACGCCCUCGGCCGCGGGACAGGGGUAUCUACAAAGAGAGAAGAUUUCCACAUGGUUCCAUGUAGCUGGGCUCCACAAAAAACAUCACUCCCUCUAUAAAUCAGCAGUUCCAGUCACGAUGCUCAAAGUUACAAUAUGUGAGGACACUUGGUCUCUGUGGAUCUGCUGUAAACCCUAGAGCCUGCUCAUGGGGGAAGGGAAAGAGUGACCAUCUGUCUGAAAUCCACGUCAACCCCAAUCCUUCCCGGCCUCGCAGAGCUGCUUUGUUCUGAGGCGAUUCUAUCUGGGCCCCAGCUGUCCUUCCUCACGGCAUCCUCCACACCAUAGGCCACCACCCCCAGCCGUGUCUCGGGAGAAAGAUGGAGUCCAAGGUCUCAGAAGGUGGCCUGAACGUGACCCUGACGAUCCGCCUGCUGAUGCACGGAAAGGAAGUCGGAAGCAUCAUCGGGAAGAAAGGAGAGACCGUGAAAAAGAUGCGAGAGGAGAGCGGGGCGCGGAUCAACAUCUCGGAGGGGAACUGCCCGGAGAGGAUCGUCACCAUCACCGGCCCGACCGAUGCCAUCUUCAAGGCCUUCGCCAUGAUCGCCUACAAGUUUGAGGAGGACAUCGUCAGCUCCAUGAGCAACAGCCCAGCCACCAGCAAGCCCCCGGUGACACUGAGGUUGGUGGUCCCGGCCAGCCAGUGUGGCUCGCUCAUCGGCAAGGGCGGCUCCAAGAUCAAGGAGAUCCGGGAGUCCACAGGUGCGCAGGUUCAGGUGGCGGGGGACAUGCUGCCCAACUCCACCGAGCGGGCGGUGACCAUCUCCGGGACUCCCGACGCCAUCAUCCAGUGCGUCAAGCAGAUCUGUGUGGUGAUGCUGGAGUCCCCACCGAAAGGUGCCACCAUCCCCUACCGCCCAAAGCCCGCCUCCGCCCCUGUCAUUUUUGCAGGUGGUCAGGUAAGAGCAGACCCGCUCGCAGCCUCCACUGCCAACCUCGGCCUUUUGCUGCCGCACCCGCCGCUGCCUGCCUACACCAUCCAGGGCCAGUACGCCAUCCCCCACCCGGACCAGCUGACCAAGCUCCACCAGUUGGCCAUGCAGCAAACCCCCUUUCCUCCCCUCGGACAGACCAACCCCGCUUUCCCUGGAGAAAAGCUGCCUCUACACUCCUCCGAAGAAGCUCAGAAUCUGAUGGGCCCGGCGUCAGGUCUGGAUGCCAGUCCCCCGGCCAGCACCCAUGAGCUCACCAUUCCCAAUGAUCUAAUAGGUUGUAUAAUUGGACGCCAAGGGACCAAAAUCAAUGAGAUUCGACAGAUGUCCGGAGCACAGAUCAAAAUCGCCAAUGCCACGGAAGGGUCCUCAGAGCGCCAGAUCACCAUCACAGGGACCCCGGCCAACAUCAGCCUCGCCCAGUAUCUCAUCAACGCCAGGCUGACGUCUGAGGUCACCGGGAUGGGGGCGCUCUAGCCCCCCGUCGCCGCCCCACGGCUGCCCCUGCGCCCCGCCCGCCCCUGCAGCGGCGCCCUGGACGGGAUUUUCUUUACCGCCGAAAAGCGUAGCUGCACCCUCCCGCCCCUCCGCGGGGCCCGGUGUCCCGGUGUCGCGGCCCCUCGCCCCUGACAUGCUCUUCACGUGUAGACUCACGCGGCUCCAGCCUGUUACUUUCAGUACCUUGUGACUUCUUAGAGACGUUGCUGCUUAGUGUAGACGUGACCCACCCGUUUCAAGAGUCGAGUUGGCACCUGGCAGCUCCUGUGACCCGCCCUCGCGAGCCCUGGCCGCUUCCGUCCCUCCCCACUCCGGCCCCGCGCGGCCACCAGUGUCCCGGCUCGUGCGUCCACCUGGGUCCUGUCCUGGGGUCGGGGCUCUGGGGGUGCUGGUCUGGUCCCUAGGAGUGGGGAGGCAGGGAGGCCUGUGCGUGCACGUGCGUGUGCAUGGGCGUGCGCGUGUGUGCACACACCGCCCGCAUUGGAGCUCAAUAAAUGU